AUGUCGUUCUUGAGCGGUGGGUCGGAAUGUGCAGCAAACGCCAACCCGUUGGCACAGCUGACCAAAAGAACGGAUUUCGACACUUCUUUACAGAACAACCUGCGGAAUGGAUCGCAGCUGGACGGCGAGUCGAGGAGGAUGGCGGGCGGAUUGCGCCAGGACCCGGCGAUGAACCAGCGAGACCAGAACAUGAUGCAUGCGCUGAUGGACCAGCAAAACCCGCAGCAGCAGCACAACGCCUUCAACUUCCAACCGCUGUCGCACGAGCUCAGCAACGUGGCUCUGAUGCACAACGGCGUCCAGCAGAACAUGCAGCAGCAUGUGCCACAGCAGCAACACAGCAACUGGUCGACAGAGUUUAUGGGAUCGUCGAUGGGGACGGCCUCGCCGCUGUCGACGGCGGCAGCCCCGGUGCAGGGGCAUGCGCCUGCUCUGGGAUACCAAAUGGGCCAGCCUAGCUCGAUGCUGAUGAACGGCAUGGGUGCCCGGCUGCACAUGAUGCAGGCUCCUCACAUGCGUACAGUGACGAGAAACAACGCGCAAGCGACGGAUGUUCACGCCAGCAGCCACGACAAGGCAGCGUGGGAAGACUCGUUCAAGGAGAUCGAGCAGCAGGUCGGCAACGAGGGAGAAACAGGGCUUUUCAACGGCGAGGACGGCGUCCAGGUGGAAGAGAUGCAGUCGGCGUUCGACGACGCGAGGUUCGACCCCCCAAUAGGUUUCAGCGAGAAGUACCACGAGGACUACCAGUUUGAGGAGAAGAACGAGUUCAUGAACAACCCGAACGCGUACGAGAUCGGGUGCAGGUUGAUGGAUGGCGGGGCCAAGUUGAGCGAGGCCGCCUUGGCCUUUGAGGCCGCCGUCCAGGAGGACCCGAAACACACGGAGGCGUGGUUGAAGUUGGGCCAGGUGCAGAUUCAGAACGAGAAAGAGCUGCAUGGAAUCACCGCUUUGGAGAACUGUCUCCUCGUCGACCCGAAGAAUCUAACGGCACUCAUGAGUUUGGCCAUCUCUUAUGUCAACGAGGGCUACGACAAUGCCGCCUUUAAGACUUUUGAGAACUGGAUUGAGUCCAAGUACCCGGACGUGGUAUCCAAAGCCAGAAAUGAAAACCCGGGCGAUACCUCCGACGACAGGUACUCGUUGAACAAACGCAUAACAAACUUGUUCCUGCGGGCAGCACAGCUCUCGCCAGCGGGGGCCAAUAUCGACGCAGACGUACAGACCGGCUUGGGUGUCCUAUUCUACUCGAUGGAGGAGUAUGACAAAACCCUCGACUGCUUCCAGGCAGCCAUCCGCUGCAACCCCAAUGACGCCUUGUCCUGGAACAGGCUCGGAGCCUCCUAUGCCAACUCAAACAGGCCCGAGCAGGCUAUAGAGGCGUACUCCAAGGCCCUCCAGCUAAACCCAAACUUUGUGCGGGCCCGCUACAACCUGGGCGUCUCCUUCAUCAAUAUGGGCAUGUAUAAAGAUUCUAUCGAGCACUUGCUCACAGGGUUGAGCAUGCAUGAGGUGGAGAGUCCUGAUGGCGAAGGUAUGUUGGUUAGUGACACAGAGCAGUCCGGCAAUCUGAUCGAGACACUCAAGCGGGCCUUCCUAGCCAUGGACAGACGAGACCUCAUUGACAAGGUCCGGCCGGGCAUGAACGUUGGCCGUUUCAGAAGCGAGUUUAAUAUAUAG